UUAACUGGAUCUCUGUGCCGACUACUUUAAGUCUUUUAGUGUUUGGUCUUCUCCACUACUUCAUUUUAAGGCCACAUCCGAGUUUCUUCUUCUCAUCAUCUAAGAAAAAAUGGCGAGCAACAUGGAAGUUUUCUGCGAGAUCUUAAUCGCAAUCCUUCUUCCACCUCUUGGAGUUUGCCUCAAGCGUGGAUGUUGCACUUUGGAGUUCUUGAUUUGCUUGGUGCUGACAAUCUUAGGAUACAUCCCAGGGAUAAUCUAUGCACUUUACGUGAUCGUGUUUCAAAACCGUGAAGGCAAUCAUGAACUCGGAGCUCCACUCAACUCAGCUUGAUUACUCCUUUUUUGGUUCAUUUACUUGGAUCAAUAUGUUGUUGUAACUGUUUACUUAUUCUCAUGUACCCUAAUAAGUUGCUUUGUAAGUUUAUGUAUUGAGGAUAUGUGAACAUUGUGUAUUUUUGGUUAUAUAUUUAUAUAACUUGUCGUUCGCUCCUGCAAAUAAGGUUACUACUAA